GUAGCCGCCAUUAACAGUGGAUGUAACAUAAUACCACUAAUGGACAACUUUACCUUCCCGCCGGCCGACAUGCUGCCUGAGGACAUGAGACAGAUUGUUUUCUUUAAUGGAAUAAGGUGGAUACACGACUACCAGGAUGCCUGCGUGGAGAAACUGGAGAAGUUCCUCCGCGGCGAAGUUAACACAUCGAGCAAAAGGGCUGCCUUAUUCCAGAUGGGGUCUUCGACGGAGGGUCCUGUGAAGGGGCCCUGUAAAUACAGCUCGAGUGAGAGCACAAGCCCUACUAGUCCUUUGUAAACAUAGCAACUACGUAAACAUUGCCCACCGACGACGACCUUCAACUCUAGAACUGUCUUAUAAUCUGAUCUCACUUGAUUGGCUAACGUUGUAUAUUUCACAUGUGUUUGACCCUUACCAAAUUGAUUCCUACUGAAUUGUGAUAGGUUGAUCAUAUGACCUUCACCUUUGCAUCAGUUAAACUAUAUGUUAAUCAUGCUCUUUUGUGAUUGGCUGAUUAUGUGAUCUGGGCUUUCAGAGCAGCUCAAGGUCAUGCUACAUGUAUAUUGUGAUUAGCUAAUAAGUGAUUGUGGCCUAUCAACAACUGGCUUGCCAAAAAAUCAUAUUUUGUGAUUGGCUUAUAAUACAGCCUUCAGCUUUUGUAGGCUUUUUUGUGAUUGGUUGAUAAACCAUUAUGUUUCGAAAUGAUUCGAUGAAAUCUAAAUCAUGCUACCAUGCUGUAUGUUGAUAAUGUAUAAUGUACAGUUUCCCUUUGAAACAGUUAGCUUUUAAGACAUGACUGGCUAUGAUAUGACUUUCACUUAUCAAAAUGCAAGACUUUGAACCUCUUGUUUAAAUAGUUGUACUAAUGUGCCGUAUACAUACCCAAACAUCAAACAAAACAAAAAACAAAAAAGGUCAUGUGAUAAGUAUAUAUUAAAAAUCAUUUUUGCUUCAUACAAAAAGUCAUACUUAACUUUUAGAUGAAACUGAACAAACAGGAACCAAAGAUUUAAUACAUUUUCAAAAAUAAAUUACCAUUAUUUUGACAAUAACUUAUGGAGCUGGCUGCAUUUUCUGAUAUUAAUCAUGUAUGUGAUUUUAUAUAUUAAUACGAUUUGUUUAUUUAUAUUUAUGUCAGAUUUACAAUAUUGAGAUUUAUUUUCACCCAGUGAUAUUCAUUUUUGUUUGUUUCCUUUUUCAAGAUUUUUUUUGGCAUUUAUUUACAAAAACAAAAAAAUCUUUGAUUUGCAUAGAUGUCUUUUCACUUUUUGCAUGGAAAAUCUUCCAAUCAAUUGUAUACAAUAUGUAAGAUCUAUUAGGUGCCAUUGAGUACCACUUGUUUUUAGCUUGCUAGGCGUGAGGUAAUUUAUAGUAAUUUCGCCUUAAUUCCUAACUAACCCUGUGAGCAAUUCAGGCCCUCUAGGCCUCUUGUUUAUAUAUAAA